ACACCGAAUUAAACCGAAGCCAGCCACCAAUGGCACGCUCAUUGUUUUAGAUUAGGGAUAGUUGUAACACGGGACUUAAUUUUCACCUUGAAAUUUAUUUUUGCUAAAUACUCUAAUAUGUUACAUCGAUAUACGCUAAUAUUUUAUUUCGUCAAAGCGUCGAAUUUAAGCUCUGAUGAUUUUUAAGUGCUUACGUGUACUAGCAAAAAAUGUUAUCCUCGCAGUUGGACUACUACUACGCAGGAACUUGGAUGAAAGCAGCCAAUCAGAGGCGAGAUUGUCUCCUCGCGAUCGUAAAAUAUUUACGGUUUAUGACAGUUAAUGCAAUGAGGGACAAGACUGCUGCCUUCGCCUUUUUUCUUAUUUAGAUGUGUCUUUUACAGACGGACACACUCUGUGCUGGACGAUGGAUCCUGUAGUGCUGAGCUACCAGGACAGCCUUCUGCGGCGCUCUGACUUUUCCUUACUGGAAGGACCUCACUGGCUGAAUGACCAAGUGAUUGGCUUUGCCUUUGAAUAUUUUGCUAACGAACGCUUCAGAAUCCUCAGGGACUCCAUCAUCUUCAUCAGCCCUGAAGUCACCCAGUUCAUCAAGUGUGCCUCUUGUCCUGAUGAGCUAGCCAUCUUCCUGGAGCCGCUGGAUCUUAAUUCUCGCCGCUGGGUCUUCUUAGCUGUCAACGACAACUCCAGCCAGACGGCUGGAGGAUCCCAUUGGAGCCUUUUGCUCUACCAUCACAACUCCAACCACUUUGGGCACUAUGACUCUCUAAACGGCAGCAAUUCGCUUCACGCACGACGUAUCGCCACCAAACUGGAGCCGUUCCUGGGUGCCGGGAGAAAAGCUCUCUUCGUGGAGGAGCUCUGCCCAUCGCAGCAGAACAGUUAUGACUGCGGCAUGUACGUUAUCUGCAUCGCCGAGGCCUUGUGCGAGAAGGUCAGGUUGGAAGGCUCGCCGCACCUUCCUGUGCAACUCAUCACCCCAGCCUACAUUACCCAGAAGAGGGCAGAAUGGUGCAGACUGAUCCAGAGUCUGGCUCAGAAUGGCCUCUGCUGCUCACUGUCGUUCCCUUAGCACAACGACUGUCUCCUUGCUUCAUGCAGCUGUCCACCUCCCCACAUAUCUGCUGCUGGAAUGCAAUCUAAGUUAAUGAUAUGACUACAUUUGAAAUAAAUUUCUAUUACAGACCUAUUGUUAUCUAUUAAAGAUAAAAAAAUAUAUAUAGCAAUGUUGGAGUCUGUGAUGCUUCAGAGAGGAGUUGGUGCCAUGUUUAUGCACAAAAAUGUCCAGUAUGUAAACGAGAACACCAGCAUGCCUAUAAAACUAAAAUGUGUGCUCGCUUGGUGAGGCUGGAGAACGUGACACGUGGAGCUCGUAUUUAUUUUCUUGGUUUGGAGCGAAUGUAGAAAUGUUUACACUGAUUAUUGCUCAGGGUCAUCUAAACUGACAAUAAGAAUGUUUAUAUUUAUCUGGGUCCUCCGUCACAUGUCACACUCGAGGUUGUUUUAUUUCUCAGAGUAUUUCUCAGAGUGAGCAGAGCUUGUGUCUGUUAACUAGUUUAGAAACAGAAGGUCUUGGUGGUAUGAGGUGGAGAUGUGCACAGUGUGGGUUUAUUUUAUUUUUUUGGGGGACAAAGGGCAAUUUUGAGAGCUGGAAUGUUUGUUAUGUUCUCAAUAAGAGUAUAAAUGUGGCUGUGGUCACAUUCAUCUGAACGGGAACAAAAUUAGUGUAAAAGUGCUGCGUGGUUUUUAUUUGAGGUGCCAGUUUUAUUUUUCAUUGUACGUAUGUUAAUGGAUUAAAACUUUACCAUUUGGCUGCAGGAA